AAGCAACGUGGGUUGCCCCCAUGCCCGCCGCCAGCCAGCCCGACUGGCACAUAAACAGGGCUCCAGGUCUCCGGCAGUGAUUGCUCCUUAUAAGGCGUGCCGGUUCCCAACCCGCAUCACGCCUCUCACCAGACAAACACACACACACACACCCACCCAAACGCUGUCGUUUUUGGUCGAGGAGGGAUUGUAUUCUGACGCCCGCGCUGUUUCUAGACAGUUGCCCGUUACGUCAGGAACAUUCGUCUCAAGGAAGAGCCAAGGAGAGGAAGAAUGUCGACCAUGAACCCGACGGCUGUUUGGGGUACUGAUCCCGAGACGGGCCAGGCCCCGAUGAUGGGGGUGCACGGGCUCUCAACCAGAUGCCCAACUACAGCGCCCAACGUCAACUUGUACUUUUCCACUCUUGCCACGGUGGGAGCCGGCACUGAUGAAUGGGGUCUCGCACCAGCUGCAUGCCAGAUUCCCAGUUUUUCGGGCCCGCAUCUGCACACGGCGCCCUUUGGUUUCCAUUAUGUCCCUGACGAUCCUGGAGGCUGCUUCACCACAACACCACCGCUCCCCGCCUUCCAAUCGCCUGGUAUCACCAGCCACCCCUCUUGUCCCACCACCACCUCGUCCUCCACCACCGGAGAGUUUGGAAACAACUCGUCCGGAAAUGGCUAUUUUGCCCAUCACAACCCUGUUGCCCCUGUCACGUGGACGGCAGAAACCGACAAAGUCACCACCAGCAUAAGCGAGCGCGAGCGCAGCCUCUUCUCUUUCCAGCACCAGCUGCAGCCAGGUGACACCAUCAUUCGCACCACCGACGCCUCGUCUUUCUCGUCGGCUUCAACCCACAGCCCGUUGCACUCACCGACUUUUACCGCGAGUCCCGGAGGAAGAAAUGUCUCAUGGUCCGCUUCAUCGUGUGCUUCGUCGCCACCACCACCCUGUGAAAAGAGCGGUGAUGAUUAUUUUGCCUCUACCGCCACCAUCGUCCCCAUGGAUGCCGGCAAUGUCUCCUUGAUUACCACCCAGCAAAUCCCUCUCAAACCCAGCAGCCGCGUGAUUGCAGCUUCCCCGCUGACUGCGCCGAGCCAGACGCAGACGUUGGAGGAAUACGAAAGCAGUCGACGGUUGUGGCACAACCAGAUUGGCAAGAAGUACCGGACUAAGCUGAAUGAGCAGUUUGAGAACCUGCAGCUUGUUUUGCGGCUGUAUGAUGAGGAUGGUGAGGACACCGACACCGAGGGUCCGAACAUCAAUGUCAAGGGGCGGUCUAUCAACAAGGCUAAAUUGUUGAACAUGGCGAGGCAGAAGUUGGAGGAGUUGAUGAAUGAGAGGAAGGCUUGGAGGCAGGAGAAGAGGGCGUUGAUGGAGAACUUGGGGAUGAGUGAGGAGUAAUGGACGUGAGGUGGGUAGACUGGACGCUCAUUUUGGAUAAAACUAUGAAUGAAGUUUUGGGUAAUUCGGUGGGAGAGGGGGACGUCGCUCUUUUGUGAAGCCAAAGGAAGGAAAGGAGAGACAGCAGCUUACAGAUAGAUGGAUGCUCGGUUUGGUGUGCGUGUUUUUUUUCAAGGCUGAGCUGCCGAUGUAAAGACCUGAUAGUUUGUAGAUCAGACUGCAGGAAUACGAUGAGCUCUCUUUUUAAGCU